GAUAAACUGCUUCCAUAUAAAACUCAACGUAUAUUUCGACACCCUAACAAUUUUUUUAAACAACAGUGGUGGACUAUUUUAGCGAAAUCGUUGCUAGUUCAGUGAUAAGCAUCAUGGGAGAUGUAGUUCCUAGAAAAGUGUUUUUGAAUAAUUUCCAACAAUUAACAAGAACUAAUAUUAACGGUAAAAUUAGUUAUUUACCCUUUCAGGGACAGUGGUGACUACAGUAAACAGCUAUAAGCUCUUAAUUACUAAUCAUGAUUGUCAUUUUAUAAGUCCAUUUUAAUAUGAAUACAAUGUUUUUAAAAACUAAAUUCAAGUCAAGAGGAAGUGACCGAAAAGGCGUACCGCAAGCAAUACGUCACUUUUGCUCAUUAAUAUUCAUGACGUUAGCAAUUGGGGCUAGGCGGGUCAACUUCCCGUUUUCCGCAUAAUAAAUGAAUGGAAAUAGUGUACGAACAAGAUGUUUACUGAGCUAAACCUACCGAUUCUGUCCGAAAAUGAUGUCCCUGGUGCCAAAUUUACUGGUAAAGGUGUGAAAGAACAUAAAUGUUCAGUUAAAAAGAUGGCUGAGUGUCGAGGGUUGAAAAAGACGGGAAAAAGAGCCGAGCCGACCUCAUCCAGAGUUAGCUUUUUUAUCAACACCUUUUUCUUGUGUGCAUCGUCUUGCGCCACUGACAAAGACUAUUUAAAAAAAUAUCCUUUACCACCAUAUGCCCUGUCUUGCUUAAAUAUUAUAUCCUCUGGUUGUCUUGCGUCUCUGACUGUUCUUGGGUGCAAUUUACAUAGCUAUUUUUGUAUAGUGAUCGCAAAUGCUAUAAUUUAUUUACACUUCCCCCUUAGUAACAGUGACAGUAAGAUACCAUUUUAAUUUUUUUUAGGUCAUUCAUUGUCAGACAGAAGCAGCACGGCAAAACGCCAGGCUAAAACAUAAGGAAAAAUAUCAAAAGUGUUUACCUCUUCAUCCUCUGAAGGACCUUGGCCCCAAACAAAAUGUUUAAUGUGUAUGAAAUGUGAAUGGCUUCACCUAGCUGGCGUUAAACGGGUCUUUUGGUUUCGGGAAACGUAUGAAGAAAACAUCCUUCAUAUGUCGUGAUGGCUAGAGUCGUUCCUACAAAUUCCAUAGCAGCAGUGUUUGAUCGGCGUGUUUAUUUUUGAAAGAUUACCGGAGAAAACAAGCAGAUUAUAUAAUGGAUUGUAUGCGAGGGAGUGUGUAUAAUGUCCCUCUUCCGCGUUACGAUGGCAACGUCACGGUCUAAAAAUAGCAUUCGUGCGGUACGCUACAAAAACCAACAGGAGAUGACUUGAAUUCAAUAGAAAGUAACUUCAAAUUUCCCCAAAAUUACUCCAGAAUCACUAGGAAAUGACCCAAAAUGAUAAGGAAGUCACUCACAAGUACCUUAAAAUCAAAAGGGAAUGUCCCGAAAUGAACAGGAAGUAAAAUUCAAAACCUCAGCUUUAUAAAGGAGGACGGCGUCCGGCAGGUUCUGCAGGAGAUGGAGGCGCUUUACGAACACAACCAGGCUGACGUGAACGACGCUAAAAGCCAGCAGAGAACCGACUUGAUCCCGUCCGUCAGAUUCCGCCACUGCUGCCUGCUGAGGAACCGACGCUGCGUCUGCACCUACCUGUACGACCGUCUUCUUCGGAUCCGAGCGCUGCGCUGGGAAUACGGCAGCGUUCUCCCCGCCAACGUGCGCUUCCACAUGAGCGCCGAGGAGUUGCAGUGGUUCGCACGCUACAAAAAGUCUCUCGCGAGCUAUAUGCGUUCACUGGGCGCGAGCGGCGGACUGGACAUCACCCAGGAGAUGAAACCGCCCAAAAGUCUUUACGUACAGGUGCGUUGCGUGAAGGACCACGGCGAGCUGGAGAUGGACGACGGAACGUUGGUCCUCCUCAAGAAAAACAGCCAGCACUUCUUGCCGCGCUGGGAAUGCGAGCAGCUGAUCCGCCAAGGCGUCCUGGAACACGUCGUCCCCUAAACCGCCGUACAGAGAAAUUAAAUGUUCGUAUACUGACGUUGCCGAGCAAAUCCCGGCGGCUGUAUUUUGGACGUUUUAGGAAUGAGGACUUGCAAACGGAUCUGGUGGCGCUUUUGGGAUUCUCCGAUGUUUUACCUUUGUUGGAAAAGGUGACCAAAUGUUGAAUUUUCAAGUAUCAAUUAAACCCUUCAAAUGAAA